CACAGUUGUAGUCAAAUUUGAACCAUGCACAGCUGCACCACGUGCAACCAACUUACGCCUAUGCUUGACUGUAAAACCCUAUAGUGGUCCUGCAAUUGUUUUUAGCUCAAUAAUUAUAAAGAAAGGAAGGCCGAGCGAUAUUGUAUUAAGUCACACACAGCAAAAGCGAUUUGGAGUGCCGUAAAACGAGAUCAAGAUGAACUACGCACGAGGCAGCCGCGCUGUGGAGUGCCUCAAUCUGGAUGUGAGCCUGCGGCUGCGGGAGAACAAUCUGUUGGCUGGCCAACUGUCGGCUGGCAUAUUCCGGCAGCGUUUCAGCGCCGCGGAGAAUCUCUACCAGCGCAAUCUGACCGGCCACUAUGGGUGUGUCAAUGCGCUGGAGUUUAGCAACGGUGGACAGUUCCUUGCCUCAGGUGGCGACGACAAGCGCGUGCUGCUGUGGAACAUUGACCAGGAGGUUGUCACCGCGCUGGGUCGUCCCCAAGUCAUGAACGAGACGCACACCAGCAACAUCUUCUGCCUGGGCUUUGACACACUCAAUUCUCAUGUGUUCUCCGGUGGCAAUGAUGAUUUGGUCAUACAACAUGAUCUAGCCACCGGCAAACUCUUGAACUACUUUUCGCACGAGGGACCCGUCUAUGGCCUCAGCGUGGACCGCACCAGCGUUCAUCUGUUCAGCGUGGCCACGGAAAGCGGCGAAGUGCUGUUCUAUGACCUGCGCUUGGGCAACUACGAACCGCUGACGGUGGCCAAAUUUCGUUCGCCCUUCAAUGCUGUGGAGUUUCAUCCGUUGAAUGGCAACUUUCUGGCCACAGCCAAUGCCAAGCGCGGAGCCAUGCUCUGGGAUUUGCGCCAACACAAACAUCCCUUGUGCCAGUACAACUACAUCACGGAGUCGCCCAGCUGCAUGAGUGUGCGCUUCAAUUGCAGCGGCAGUCUGCUGCUCACCCUACACCGUCGUCUGCCGCCCAUAUUGUUCAGUCCCAGCUCCCCGGAGCCCGUGGGCACGUUCUAUCACGAUGAAUACUUCAACUCGUGCACCAUGAAGAGCUGCAGCUUUGCGGGGCCGCAGGAUGAGAUGGUGGUGUCCGGUUCGGAUAACUUUAACAUGUUUAUAUGGCGACUGGAUGGUGUGGAUUUGGAUGCCAAAAAUCAAUGGAUUGACACGCCGCCUGUCAUCCUCACGGGCCAUCGUUCGGUGGUCAAUCAGGUGCGCUUCAAUCGACAGCGCUGCCUGCUGGCUUCAUCCGGCGUGGAGAAGGUUAUUAAGCUCUGGAGUCCCUUUGCCCAACACGGCUGGGAGGGCUCUCUCAUGUCCCCCUCGAGCAAGCCCUACUGCAGCCGCACGCUGCACAACAGCACCACGGAUCAUGUCAUACAGGACUUUAGCUCCUGCGACACGGAUGAGGAUCAGGUCAUGCUCGCCUUUUUCGACACGUUGGUGCAGCGUGAGCUGGAGUCGUGGAACACCAAUGGCAAUCACACGAACAGCGACAGCUCCUCAUCCAGCACAUCGUCGGAGCGCAGCGAGGCGCUUGGCAGUUCGCUAUCUCCCGCCUCGGAGGAGGAGCCCCCCGACAACGAGGACGUUACGCCCAAUGUCAGCGAGCUCAGCUGGCAGACGCACCCCAAUCGCAUUUUCUACUUGAUUGCCAAGAAGCGCCGUGCGCUGCUCCAGAUGGCUGUCAAGGGCACGGGUGGGCAGCAGCGCAGCGUGGACCAGCUGCUGGCGCGGCUCAACGGCGAGCAGAAGCAGGCGGCCACCCAGGCGCGCAUCAGCGACUGGCUGGACGAGACACACCGGCUGUUUGGGGACGAAGAGCUGCCCACUACCUCGGCGGAGGCUGCAGCCCGCCGUUCGUUCGAUCAACUCUCACGCAGUCCCCUCCAGGCUAUCCCCCAGCACACGCCAGAAACGCUGCACAUCAACUAUGCACAGAUUAGGCGCAAAAGAAAGUUGCUGCGCUUGCACUUGGACAGCCGCAAGCGGCGUCGCAAUGCUGCGCGCGAUCGUCCCAGCGAUGACAGCAUUGAGGAGGAGUACGAAUCGAAUGAUACAGAUGAAGCGGAGGAGGAGGAGGAGGAGGCGGAAGAUGCCUCAUCGACUGAUGCUUCGACUGAUGCUGCUUCCGACGACGACUCCACAUCAACCACAUCCAUGACCUCCAUGGAGGCUCAGCUCUCCGAAACGCACAGCUCAUCCAGCUCGUGUCCGUUGCUGGUGGCAAUUGAAACCAACAACAACAAUCAACUGGCAUCCAAUAACAAUCACAAGGCAGCAGCUGGAGCGGCUGAGUCCGUGGCUGCCAUGGACAUAUGCAACACAGAAUCAUCCUCCGCCUCCACCACAUCAUCGUCCAGUUCGUUGCAAAACGAAAACUAAAUUUUAAACCACACAAACUGAUGAUCCAACAGAGCAGAUCUCCAAAAACUCACACA